AUGUCUUAUCGUCCCGCCGUUGCCCCGCAUCUCUCCAACGCGUCUAGUACUGCGCACUCCGACAACUACACCAGCCAGUAUCGCGACAGCGGGGAGGAUGCGAUCGACGGCGACAAGAUCUACUCCCGCUUCGUGCUGAAUCAGAGCGAUCCCAGUCUCGAUCGCAACGCCGCUUCCGACAGCCUAUGGCAUCGGGGUCUCGCCGCCAUCUCUCCAUUCGCAUUCUCCGGCGACAAAGAGGCUGGUGAUGCCGUCCCCUUGCUCUCUGCCACUGAAUCUCAGUCAAGAACACCUCAUAAACGACGCAGAAAGCUCAGACUAUUUCGCUGCUUUCUGUAUCCCUUUCUAGGAUUUUUCCUCAUGCUAGGGAUCGUCCAAUUCGUCGCCAUUGCCUGCGGCAUCAUCGUCUCAUUCUUCCCUGACGAAUUCGAACGGGCCACCGACCGAUGGCGACGACGCCCCGGCGACCUCCAUGACGACAUCUCGCAUUGGCCCACGGACAUUUCCAGGGACAUCGUCCCCGUCGGCUGUCAUUCGCACAAUGACUACUGGCGAAAGGUGCCGCUCUUCUCGGCGCUGCAGGCCGGCUGUGUCGGCAUCGAAGCAGACGUCUGGCUGUUCCACGACGAUCUCUACGUGGGCCACACCACCUCCGCGCUCACGCCCAAGCGCACCCUGCGCACCAUGUACAUCGACCCGUUGCUGCGCAUACUCGACCAGCAGAACCCCAUCACCACCUUCCAUCCGACCCUCGACACGCCCCGCCACGGCGUCUUCGACACCAACCCCGCCCAGACCCUCGUCCUGCUGAUCGACUUCAAGACCGACGGCGUCGCCACCUGGCACCAGGUCGUCGCGCAGCUCGCCCCACUCCGCGAGCGUGGCUAUCUCUCCCACUUCAACGGCUCCGCCGUCGUCGCCGGCCCCGUCACCAUCGUCGGCACCGGCAACACCCCCUUCAAUCUCGUCACCGCCAACGCCACCUACCGCGACAUCUUCUUCGAUGCGCCGCUGGAGCUCAUGGCGGAGCGCGAGGCCGCUCCGCAUGAGAAGAAUGCGUCGGUGACGCGCUCGCGCUCCGCCGAGAACGCCGGCCAGGGCUUGUCGGGCAUCCCGGCUGCCGACAUCGCCCCCAGCUCCUUCAACUGGACCAAUAGCUACUAUGCCUCCGUCUCGUUCAAGAAGUCCAUCGGGCUGCCGUGGUCGCUACGGCUGGACCACGCUCAGAUCGAGAAGAUCCGUGCCCAGAUUCGCGGUGCCCACCGGCGCGGACUGAAGGUCCGGUAUUGGGGGCUGCCUGGGUGGCCGCGCAGUCUGCGCAACCAUUUGUGGAGUGUACUCGUCCGCGAAGGAGUGGAUGUUCUCAACGUAGAUGAUCUGCAGAGUGCGACGCGGCAGGACUGGAAGCCGAAGGUUUCGGACUGGUGGAAUUGA